AUGGCUUUUGUGUAUCUACGUUUAAAUUCACUUUACAGUGAAAUGCUGGAGAAUGGAGAUAAAAGGACAGACACGUGGCCCUUGGUCUACUCCCCAGUCCCAGUGGCUCUCAUCCAUUUGCUUUACCUCUGCGUGGUGCAGUUUGGUCCAAGCCUCAUGAGACACUGCACCUGCUUUGACCUCAGACCUCUUCUCAUUGUGUACAACUUCAGUAUGGUAGGCCUGUGUGCUUACAUGUGCUACGAGUUUUUGGUCACAUCAUGGCUGUCGAAUUACAGCCUAAUCUGUCAGCCUGUUGAUUAUAGCAGAAGUCCACUCGCAAUGAGGAUGGCCAGUGUGUGUUGGUGGUUUUUUGUCUCCAAAAUCAUUGAGCUUAGUGACACGGUCUUCUUCAUACUCAGGAAGAAAAAGAGUCACCUCACUUUCCUUCAUGUCUACCAUCACGCCUCCAUGAUCUGGUGGUGGGCACUGAUUAAGUAUCUGCCAGGAGGACAAACGUUCUUUCAUGCCCUGCUCAACACAGUGGUGCACACGGUGAUGUACACGUACUACGGCCUGGCAGCAAUUGGCCCACAUAUGGAGAAAUAUCUAUGGUGGAAGAGAUACUUGACCAAAUUACAAUUGGCCCAGUUUAUGAUGUACCUUGUUCAUACAACUUGCAACCUGGCCACAGAGUGUGACUAUCCAAACGCUGUUAACAUUACAGGGAUGGUGUACGUCAUCACACUUGUUAUCCUCUUUAGUAACUUCUAUUACCAGAGCUACCUGAGAAAGAAAACAUUCAAACAGUCUGUGUAA